UCUCGCGCGCAACCACCAAAAAUUUCCCAUCGCCGGAUGCUCGCCUUUGCGAAUAAUCUCUCGUUGACCGACCGACCUCAUCGCCCAAUUUCCAUCGCCCAGCGCCCGCACCCAAGUCCGCCCUUCUCCCUCAAUACCCAAUCAAUACCGCAAAAAUGGCCGGUGGAAUCAACGUCCGCGAUGUCGAUGCGCAGAAGUUCAUCAACGCGUAUGCCGCUUUCUUGAAGCGUCAGGGCAAGCUGCCCAUCCCCGGUUGGGUUGACAUCGUCAAGACCGGCCCCGCCAAGGAGCUCCCCCCCCAGAACAUUGACUGGUUCUACGUCCGCGCCGCCUCCGUCGCCCGCCACAUCUACCUCCGCAAGACCGUCGGUGUCGGCCGUCUCCGCAAGGUCCACGGCUCCGCCAAGAACCGCGGUGUCCGCCCCUCCCACCACGUCGAUGCCUCCGGCUCCGUCGACCGCAAGAUCGUCCAGGCCCUCGAGAAGAUUGGCGUCCUUGAGCAGGACGAGGAGAAGGGUGGCCGCCGCAUCACCCAGUCCGGCCAGCGUGACUUGGACCGUAUUGCCCAGACCACCGCUGAGGCCGAGGAGGAGGAGGAGGAUGACGAGUAAAUUAUUCCCCCCCACGCACAUUAUUCUCAGAAGAUGAAAUAAAAUGCUUGUGGUGAAAAUGAGGUUUUCCGGUUCAUGGACUACGGCAGCAAAAAGGGCAUUGGGUUAGGCGUCUGAAAAUGGAUCACGGGUUUCAUGAUUGACACAUUUGGAACCGCACCCAAAUUCAAGUUCCGUCUUCACCUGG